AAAGCUCAGUAGCGCUUAGAGCGCUCCAGUGAGUAGAUCGAAAAAGGGGAGGGAGCAGUUAGCAUUGAGUCUAUGUAGGAACAAAAUAUAAUAACUCCGCUCCGAAGGCAACCAGCAACAGAGGUCCCUGGAAUAUCGCCUUUGGAGAUAUUCCGGUCACCGUUGGCGGCCUGACCAGAGUCGUGGUGGCAGUUUAAAGGCUGUUCCUGCUCACAAAGCGGCGUGCCGAAGAAGGACGCGUCUCUUUGAAUAGACAAGAUGCACGGACCGCCCUCCGGCGACAGCGCAUGCCCAUUGCGCACGAUCAAGAGAGUUCAGUUCGGCAUCAUCAGCCCAGAUGAACUUAAACGCAUGUCGGUCACUGAAGGGGGAAUAAAGUACCCUGAAACCACAGAGGGAGGACGUCCUAAACUUGGUGGCCUUAUGGAUCCAAGGCAAGGGGUGAUAGAACGCACUGGUAGAUGUCAAACAUGUGCAGGCAACAUGACAGAAUGCCCGGGUCACUUUGGGCACAUAGAGCUGGCAAAACCAGUCUUCCAUGUCGGGUUUAUAUCGAAGAUAAUGAAGAUCCUUCGAUGCGUCUGCUUCUUUUGCUCCAAGUUGUUGGUGGAUGCAAACAAUCCCAAGAUCAAAGAAAUCCUGGUGAAGUCUAAAGGGCAGCCAAGGAAGCGACUGACUCAUGUUUACGAGCUGUGCAAAGGCAAAAACAUAUGUGAAGGAGGUGAGGAGAUGGACAACAAAUUUGGAAUGGAGCAGCAGGAGACUGAGGAGGACAUCACCAAGGAAAAGGGCCAUGGUGGCUGUGGGCGCUACCAGCCUCGCAUCAGACGCUCCGGCCUGGAGCUGUACGCCGAGUGGAAGCAUGUUAACGAGGACUCGCAGGAGAAGAAGAUCCUGCUAAGUCCUGAGCGCGUGCACGAAAUCUUCAAGCGUAUCUCAGAUGAAGAAGACAUCAUCUUGGGCAUGGACCCCAAGUUUGCCCGACCAGAGUGGAUGAUUGUCACUGUGUUGCCUGUGCCUCCGCUGGCUGUGAGGCCUGCUGUGGUCAUGCAGGGAUCUGCUCGCAACCAGGACGACUUGACCCAUAAGUUAGCCGACAUCGUCAAGAUCAACAAUCAGCUGAAACGCAACGAGCAGAGCGGUGCAGCCGCUCACGUGAUCGCCGAGGAUGUGAAGCUACUUCAGUUUCACGUGGCCACAAUGGUCGACAACGAAUUGCCGGGCCUGCCAAGGGCCAUGCAAAAGUCCGGUCGCCCUCUCAAAUCCUUAAAGCAGCGUCUAAAAGGAAAGGAAGGAAGGGUACGAGGUAACCUGAUGGGUAAACGUGUGGACUUCUCAGCCAGAACCGUCAUCACCCCAGACCCCAACCUGCAAAUCGACCAAGUAGGUGUGCCUCGCUCCAUCGCGGCCAACAUGACCUUCCCUGAGAUCGUCACCCCCUUUAAUAUCGACAGAUUGCAAGAGCUGGUGCGAAGAGGGAACAGCCAGUACCCUGGAGCCAAAUACAUCAUUCGCGACAACGGAGACAGAAUCGACCUGCGAUUUCACCCCAAACCAAGUGACCUUCAUCUGCAGAUCGGCUACAAGGUUGAAAGACACAUGUGCGACGGGGACAUUGUCAUCUUCAACCGACAGCCUACACUACAUAAAAUGUCCAUGAUGGGUCACAGGGUUCGGAUCCUGCCGUGGUCCACGUUUCGGCUCAACCUCAGUGUCACCACCCCGUACAACGCCGACUUUGACGGCGAUGAGAUGAACCUCCACCUGCCUCAGUCCCUGGAGACGAGGGCAGAGAUCCAGGAGCUGGCCAUGGUGCCACGUAUGAUUGUCACACCCCAGUCCAACAGGCCCGUCAUGGGUAUCGUACAGGACACUCUCACCGCUGUCCGCAAAUUCACCAAACGAGACGUCUUCCUAGAGAGAGGUGAAGUUAUGAACCUCCUCAUGUUCCUCUCCACCUGGGACGGGAAGAUGCCCCAGCCCGCCAUCCUCAAGCCCCGCCCUCUGUGGACAGGCAAGCAGGUCUUCAGCCUCAUCAUUCCAGGACACAUCAAUGUGAUCCGCACACACAGCACGCACCCCGACGACGAGGACAGCGGGCCUUACAAACACAUCUCCCCCGGCGACACCAAGGUGAUAGUGGAGAACGGGGAGCUGAUCAUGGGCAUCCUGUGUAAGAAGUCCCUGGGAACCUCUGCUGGGUCCCUCGUCCACAUCUCCUACCUGGAGAUGGGCCAUGACAUCACCAGACUCUUCUACUCCAACAUCCAGACGGUGGUCAACAAUUGGCUGCUCAUCGAGGGUCAUUCCAUUGGUAUCGGUGAUUCCAUUGCCGAUGCUAAGACCUACCUGGACAUUCAGAACACCAUCAAGAAAGCCAAACAGGAUGUGAUAGAAGUCAUCGAGAAAGCUCACAACAACGAGCUGGAGCCCACUCCUGGUAACACGCUGAGGCAGACCUUUGAGAACCAGGUCAAUCGUAUCCUCAACGACGCUCGAGACAAAACGGGAUCCUCAGCGCAGAAGUCGCUGUCCGAGUACAACAACUUCAAGUCCAUGGUGGUGGCCGGCUCCAAAGGGUCCAAGAUUAACAUCUCACAGGUUAUUGCUGUGGUGGGCCAGCAGAACGUGGAAGGUAAGCGAAUCCCGUUCGGCUUCAAGCACCGGACUCUGCCUCACUUCAUCAAGGAUGACUACGGUCCAGAGAGCAGAGGGUUUGUGGAGAACUCCUACCUGGCUGGACUCACGCCCACAGAGUUCUUCUUCCACGCCAUGGGAGGCAGAGAGGGUCUGAUCGAUACGGCUGUAAAAACGGCCGAGACAGGAUACAUCCAGCGUCGUCUCAUUAAAUCUAUGGAGUCUGUGAUGGUUAAGUACGACGCAACGGUGCGAAACUCCAUCAACCAGGUGGUCCAGCUCCGCUACGGCGAGGACGGUCUGGCAGGAGAGAAUGUAGAGUUCCAGAAUCUAGCCACGUUGAAGCCCUCGCACAAGGCCUUCGAGAAGAAGUUCAAGUUUGAUUGCACCAACGAGCGCGCUCUGAGGCGGAUUCUGCAGGAGGACGUGGUGAAGGACGUGCAGACCAACGCACACGUGCAGAGUGUCCUGGAGAGGGAGUUUGAGAAGAUGAAGGAGGACCGGGAGAUCCUGAGAGCUAUUUUCCCCACCGGCGACAGUAAGGUGGUGCUGCCGUGUAACUUGGCCAGGAUGAUCUGGAACGCUCAAAAGAUCUUUCGAAUCAACCCUCGAACCCCAACAGACCUGAAUCCUCUCAGAGUGGUUGAGGGUGUUGACGAGCUGAGUAAGAAGCUGAUCAUUGUGAAUGGCGAUGACCCUCUGAGUAGACAGGCCCAGGAGAACGCCACGCUGCUCUUUAACAUCCACCUGCGCUCCACGCUCUGCUCCAGACGCAUGACGGAGGAGUUCCGGCUCUCCAUGGAGGCGUUCGAUUGGCUGCUGGGAGAGAUCGAGACCAAGUUCAACCAGUCCAUCGUUCAUCCCGGUGAAAUGGUGGGCGCUCUGGCUGCUCAGUCCCUGGGAGAGCCUGCCACUCAGAUGACACUGAACACUUUCCACUACGCCGGUGUGUCGGCUAAGAACGUCACGCUCGGCGUGCCUCGUCUCAAGGAGUUGAUCAACAUCUCCAAGAGGCCUAAGACGCCGUCGCUGACCGUUUUCCUGCUGGGUCAGGCGGCACGCGACGCUGAGAGGGCCAAGGACAUCCUCUGUCGGCUGGAGCACACCACGCUGCGAAAAGUGACCGCAAACACGGCCAUCUAUUACGACCCCAACCCACAGAACACCGUGGUGGCCGAGGACCAGGAGUGGGUGAACGUCUACUACGAGAUGCCCGACUUUGAUGUGACUCGCAUCUCACCGUGGCUGCUGCGCAUCGAGCUGGACCGCAAACACAUGACCGACCGCAAGCUGACCAUGGAGCAGAUCGCAGAGAAGAUCAACGCCGGUUUUGGCGAUGAUCUGAACUGCAUCUUCAACGACGACAACGCCGAAAAGCUGGUGCUGCGAAUUAGAAUCAUGAACAGUGACGAGAACAAGUUCCAAGAGGAUGAGGAGGUGGUGGACAAGAUGGACGACGACGUGUUCCUGAGGUGCAUAGAGUCCAACAUGCUGACGGACAUGACCCUGCAGGGCAUCGAGCAGAUCAGCAAGGUGUACAUGCACCUGCCUCAGACGGACAACAAGAAGAAGAUCAUCAUCACAGAAGACGGAGAGUUCAAGGCCCUGCAGGAGUGGAUCCUUGAGACAGACGGUGUGAGCCUCAUGAGGGUUCUCAGCGAGAAGGACGUGGAUCCCGUCAGAACCACCUCCAACGACAUUGUGGAGAUCUUCACGGUUUUGGGGAUUGAAGCUGUGCGCAAGGCUCUGGAGAGGGAGUUGUAUCAUGUCAUCUCCUUUGACGGUUCCUACGUCAACUACCGUCAUUUGGCUCUGCUCUGCGACACAAUGACCUGCCGCGGUCACCUGAUGGCCAUCACGCGUCACGGCAUCAACCGGCAGGACACGGGGCCGCUCAUGAAGUGUUCUUUUGAGGAGACGGUGGACGUGCUGAUGGAGGCUUCCUCCCAUGGGGAGUGUGACCCGAUGAAGGGCGUGUCUGAGAACAUCAUGCUAGGUCAGCUCGCCCCUGCGGGAACGGGCUGCUUCGACCUGCUGCUGGAUGCUGAGAAAUGCAAAUACGGCAUGGAGAUCCCGACCAACAUCCCUGGCAUCAGCGUGGCUGGGCCCACUGGAAUGUUCUUCGGUUCUGUGCCAAGUCCGAUGAGCAGCAUGUCUCCUGCCAUGACUCCGUGGAACACAGGGGCUACCCCGGCCUACGGCGCCUGGUCCCCCAGUGUUGGAAGCGGCAUGACCCCCGGAGCAGCAGGCUUCUCCCCCAGCGCAGCAUCAGAUGCUAGCGGCUUCUCUCCAGGGUACUCCCCAGCCUGGUCUCCUACGCCCGGGUCUCCCGGAUCUCCAGGACCUGCCAGUCCCUACAUCCCUUCACCAGGUGGACCCAUGUCACCAAACUACUCACCUACCUCCCCCGCCUACGAGCCUCGGUCUCCGGGGGGCUACACCCCCCAAAGCCCGGGCUACUCCCCGACAUCACCUUCUUACUCCCCCACCUCCCCCUCUUACUCUCCCACCAGCCCCAAUUACAGUCCCACGUCUCCUUCCUACUCCCCCACCUCACCCAGUUACUCCCCAACCUCUCCUUCGUACUCACCCACGUCUCCUUCUUACUCCCCAACAUCUCCGUCUUACUCCCCUACCUCGCCUAGUUACUCCCCCACCUCCCCCUCCUACUCCCCCACCUCUCCGAGUUACAGCCCAACGUCGCCAAGCUACAGCCCAACGUCGCCAAGCUACUCCCCCACCUCCCCCUCAUACUCGCCUACCUCUCCUUCUUACUCUCCCACGUCUCCCUCCUAUUCGCCCACCUCCCCCUCCUACUCCCCCACGUCCCCCUCCUACUCGCCGACCAGCCCAAGCUACAGCCCCACGUCGCCAAACUACACCCCGACGUCCCCCAGUUACUCCCCUACCUCACCCUCAUACUCCCCUACGUCGCCCUCUUAUUCCCCCACCUCUCCGAACUACACCCCGACCAGCCCAAACUACUCCCCCACCUCUCCCUCGUACUCCCCCACUUCUCCGUCCUACUCCCCUUCCAGUCCACGCUACACCCCCCAGUCUCCAACCUACACACCGAGCUCGCCGUCAUACAGCCCCAGCUCCCCCUCUUACUCCCCAACCUCACCCAAGUACACCCCAACGUCUCCCUCCUACAGCCCCAGCUCUCCCGAGUACACCCCCACCUCCCCCAAAUAUUCCCCCACCUCACCAAAAUACUCCCCGACGUCACCGAAAUACUCCCCCACUUCUCCCACCUACUCACCAACAACUCCCAAAUACAGCCCCACCUCCCCCACUUACUCUCCCACCUCUCCUACCUACACCCCCACCAGUCCCAAGUACUCCCCCACCUCCCCAACUUACUCCCCAACUUCGCCUAAGUACUCCCCCACAUCUCCCACGUACUCUCCGACGAGCCCCAAAGGCUCCACCUACAGCCCCACCUCCCCAGGCUACAGCCCCACCUCCCCCACGUACAGCCCGGCCAUCAGCCCCGACGACAGCGACGAGAGCGACGAGGAGAACAACUGAUGAGCCCCCAAGGAGGAGGAGAGGCAGCUGAGGAGAGCGCCGCCCCACUGAAAGACGGCGUCUUUAACCAGCUGGAGGUGGCGGUGCCUUUUAACUGUGAUCUUUUUUUCUACGAGCGGGUGAAUCUCCAGGAGUCGCCUCCCCCCACUUCCUGCGUUUAUUUCCCCAGAAAUGUUCAGAACUGUUCUGUAAGAAAAACGAACUCGAACUGCCUGACGGGGGUGGGGGGUUGCCUUCUGAAAUAGUGUUUUUUCUUUUUAAGAUGGGGAGUUGAAGCGAAACUGAGAAUCAGAGAAAAUGAAGAGAGGAAGAUUAAAAAAAAAUGUAUUUAAGAGUCUGGAAAAAGACCCUUUUUAACUCUAGCGUCCUGCAUCCAGCCGCUCGCCCCCUCUCUGUGUCGUCGUCGCCGGACGGCGUGCAGAGAAGAUCGUAUUCAUCACAAAAACAUAAACCAUCAAAAAAAAUACAAAUCUGCUACGGUUCAGGCUUUGUUUACUGAAUAUUUCAGAGAUGUUUGUUAGAGUUUUGUCUGCUUUUGGAAAAAUAGUCGCUGCCAGUUUUGGAAAUUUUCUUUUUUUUUUUUUGGUGCAUAAAUGUGAUUUUGAUUCAUAGCGUCGUAAGAAAAGCUUUGUAUCAUCUGCACACGUUUAAGAAGGGAGAAGCAGGGUUGGAAGAGAAGUAUUCAGCUGUUGUCCAUCCUCUUCCACCUCUACUCCCCAUAAACCUGAAAGAUGUCAUGAAAACACCCACCAGCAUCCUCUUAUCGUUUUAGAGACUUGUAAAUGAUAAUCGGCCCCGGAAACGGGGAACUUCAGAUUUCUAACAAGAGAAUUAUUGCUCUGUUGUUGGUUUUGACUCGGAGGUAAUGGGAUGGGGAGAACUAGUUUUUGCUACUUUGACUUUUGUUUUUCACGAGUAGCACGUGCUGUUGAACAUCCCUCCUACAUUUAGCUAAUCUUUGUUCCAUUUCAGGUAGUUUCAAGUGUACGCACAUUUAUUGUGACUAUUCGGUUUAUUUAAGAAAGUGAACUACAAUUAAAUAUGAAUAUAAAGGAGAAAACCUGAUUUUUUUGAUGAUUUCGUAGCUCCGUUUGGAGGUUUACUUUUCAAAUACCGUGGAUGAAGAGACAGCGGACCAAACGGACGGCUUUUAUUUCUUUGCCAUGCUUCACUCGCUUCAGUUGAUGAACGCAAAAGACGUCUUUACACUGAACUGAAGCCGUUAGUUUUAACUUUUGGUUUUUUUAGAUUGUCCAGAGACGAUUCUGACAUUUCUCUUUAAGAAAAACAACCUUACCCACUACAUUAGUGUGAACUUCCUUCCUCAUAAAAGUUCCAAUAUACUUGCUUGCGUUAUCAAUUAUGGUUGCAGCGUUUCCUAUCUCUUCAUCCACCAGCUCUAAGGAUCCGUGUUUUCUCGUAUUUUUCUAUCCGUGCAAACCUGUGGUGACCACAGGGAGGCUGGGCCACUCCCGGCUCACACGAGGAGUCCCACUAAUCUUUUAGGUUCUGAAAAAUCUUAAAACUAUUUGAUUUAUUGUAAGGAAACUGCUUAUUUGGUUCAGACUGGGAAAGAAAACAGCCCUCGACAUCAGUUUGUGUUGGUCAUUGCACCUAACGCGGCGGACUUGGGCCACAGGCCUGGUUGGAUUUUGUUCUCUUGUCUUUGCAUCCAGCUGUGCUCGUUGCAACUGUUUGGUAAAUUCAGCGCAAAAAGGACUCCUGGGGUUGAAUGAAUGUAUGAUUGUGUGUUGUGUGUGAAUCCGAAGGCGAUGCAGGGUUUCAAGCUGAGGAAAGGCUUCACCAGUCUUACUUAAGGAAGGUCUAACUUAAAAGUUACCACUGUAUAGAAAUCCAGUCAUUAUCUCAUUCUCUGUAUCUGUUCUGUUUGUUUUUGACUUGGAAAAAAUGAAUAAAAGUUUUACUAUA